GACAUGGAGCAACAAGGUGUUCAGCUGGAUCGAGAAGCUUUCUCCUGUUCCAUCUGUUUGGAUCUGCUGAAGGAUCCUGUGACCACUUCCUGUGGCCACAGCUACUGUAUGAAGUGUGUUCAAAACUUCUGGGAUGAAGAGGAUCAGAGAGGAAUCCACAGCUGCCCUMAGUGCAGAGAGACAUUCAUACCGAGGCCUGCCCUGAAGAAAAACACCAUGUUAGCAGCUUUAGUGGAGCAGCUGAAGAAGACUGGACUCCAAGCUGCUCCUGCUGAUCUCUGCUAUGCUGGACCUGAAGAUGUGUCCUGUGAUGUCUGCUCUGGAAGAAAACUCAAAGCCAUCAAGUCCUGUUUAGUCUGUCUGGCCUCUUACUGUGAGAAACACCUUCAGCCUCAUUAUGAUCAGAAACACAAGCUGGUGGAUCCCUCCAAGAAGCUCCAGGAGAACAUCUGCCCUGCUCAUGAUGAGUCAGUGUCAGCACUCAGUGAGUCUCCACACUCAUCCAGCAUCAAGAUCCGUCCACUCACAUACUUUGAGGAUGUGACAGCAGCUGUGGAGGAGCUCAGAGACGAACUACAGRACGUCCUGAGAGACGCGUGGACAAACAUCUCACUGACUGUCUCUGAGGUGGACGUCUUACUGUCAGAACCAGGACCAGGACCAGAACCAAAGAGCAGAGCUGGAUUCUUAAAAUAUUCCUGUCAAAUCACACUGGAUCCAAACACAGUAAGCACAAAGGUGAAACUGUCAGAGGGAGGCAGAAAGGUAACAGCAAUGAAUCGACCUCAGUUUUAUCUCAAACAUCCAGACAGAUUCAUUGGAUGGGAGCAGGUUCUGAGCAGAGAGAGUCUGACUGGUCGUUGUUACUGGGAGGUGGAGCUGAGAGGAAAACUUGUUUCUGUAGCAGUCGCCUACAAGAAUAUCAGCAGAGUGGGGGAUGGAUGUACAUUUGGACUAAAUAACAAAUCCUGGGCAUUAAGUUGUUACCAAAACGGUUUCACAUUUUGGCACAACAACAUCCAUACCUCCAUCUCAGGUCCUGAAUCCUCCAGGAUCGGGGUGUACCUGGACCACAGAGCAGGUGUUCUGUCCUUCUACAGCGUCGCUGAAACCAUGACCCUCCUCCACAGAGUCCAGACCACCUUCACUCAGCCGCUCCAYGCUGGGAUUAGGUGUGGUUCAUGUUUGGGUCUUUCAUUUGCUUCAAGUGCUGAAUUCUGUAAACUCAAAUAG